GCCGCCCCGUCGCUCCUCGGGUGCCGUGAGCCCAGAAGACCCGGAGCCGGGUGGGUCUGGUCGCGGGCGGGGUUCAGCCGCGGAGGCCGUGGACUUGAUCCGGAGUAGCGCCGAGGAGACGCGGUGCAGUCAAAUAGCCAUCAUGGGGACCACUGCCCCAGGACCCAUUCACCUGUUGGAUCUGUGUGACCAGAAGCUCAUGGAUUUUGUCUGCAACUUGGACAAUAAGGACUUGGUGUGGCUCCAGGAGAUUGAGGAAGAGGCUGAGCGCAUGUUCACCAGAGAAUUCAGCAAAGAGCCUGAGCUGAUGCCCAAAACUCCCUCUCAGAAGAACCGACGGAAGAAGAGACAAGUUUCUAAUAUUCAGGAUGAAAACAGAGACCCCAUCAGGAAAAGGUUAUCCCGCAGAAAGUCUCGGAGCAGCAAUCGGCACCGCUGUAGCAAGGACAAGGUGGAGAAGCUGACCACAGUGAAUGGGGAGAAUGGCUCCCCUGUUCUGCGACGGAUAACACGGGCUGCAGCCGCGGCUGCAGCAAACUCUAUGCAGUCAACUGUUUCCUCAUCCAUAUUACUGACCAAGCAGCCUGUGGUAAAAAUAAGUGCCAGUGAGCGCCUCAGUGCUGAGCAGCACCUCCCUCAGCCUGUGGCUGACUUGGAUCUGUCCCAAGCCCCAGCUCCAACCACACCUUCAGCUUCCCAAGGCAUCUUGACAUCAGAGGAGAAAUCAAUAUCCAGGAAAUCAGAGGCUGGGAGGCUGGAAUCUGUCACAGUGAGCUCCUUGAUGGCUACUCCCCAAAACCCCAAGAGUCGAGGGGUUGGGGCAGGACGUUCUGCUUCCAAGCUCAAGAUUGCACGAGUCUCCCAGGACCCACAGAACUCACCUGGCUCUCCAGACUCACCAUGGCAGGAACGUGUGCUUUCCCCCAUCUUGCCAAAUAACAUGCCCGACACACCCAAGCACCCUCAUGGGGACAUUCGAUCAGUGCGGCGCAGCCUGAUUCCUCCUGGUCCUCCAGUAUCAUUAGCCCAGAAGUACUCCCUCAUAUCCAUACAGGAAGGGCCCAUCCGCAGGUCAAAUAGGAUUGCCAAGAAGGCUAUCAAAGAGCCAGAGGCCUCUCCACGCAUCAUCUGUCAUAGUUACCUGGAGAGGCUCCUGAAUGUUGAAGUGCCCCAAAAAGUUGGCCCUGAGCAGGAGACCAGCAAUGAGGCUGAGCCUGAGGAGGCACCUGAGCCAGAGGUCUCCAAAAACACUGAGUGUACCUUACAGCCCCGCAGUGCCACCAAGAUUGCCAUUAGUAUGCCUACCUUGAAGCCUGUGACCAGUGGCCAAGAAACACGCCCUGUAAGGCAGCAAGAGGCCAAGACUGACGAAGCUGAUGGACGUAGAGAACCUCCCCAGAGUGUCAGAAGGAAACGCAGCUACAAGCAGGCCAUGAGUGAGCUGGAUGAGGAACAUCCUGAGGAUGAGGACUUGCAAGCCCCCAGGAGCAAGACCCCUUCUCCACCUUGUCCAGCCAGCAAGGUAGUGCGGCCCCUCCGGACCUUCUUGCACACGGUGCAGAGGAACCAGAUGCUCAUGACCCCAACCUCAGCCUCGCGCAGCAGUGUCAUGAAAUCCUUCAUUAAGCGCAACACUCCUCUGCGUGUGGACCCUAAGUGCAGCUUUGUCGAGAAGGAGCGGCAGCGCCUGGAGAACCUGCGACGGAAGGAGGAGGCUGAACAGCUGCGUAGGCAAAAGGUGGAGGAGGACAAGCGGCGGCGACUGGAGGAGGUGAAGCUGAAGCGUGAAGAGCGCCUCCGCAAAGUGCUGCAGGCCCGUGAGCGGGUGGAGCAAAUGAAGGAGGAGAAGAAGAAGCAAAUUGAGCAGAAGUUUGCUCAAAUUGACGAGAAAACUGAGAAGGCCAAAGAAGAGCGACUGGCAGAGGAGAAGGCCAAGAAGAAGGCUGCAGCUAAGAAGAUGGAGGAGGUGGAGGCACGUAGGAAGCAGGAGGAGGAGGCACGCAGGCUUAGGUGGCUCCAACAGGAGGAGGAGGAACGCCGCCACCAAGAGAUGCUGCAGCGGAAGAAGGAGGAGGAGCAGGAGAAAUUGCGCAAGGCAGCCGAGGCCAGGCGGCUAGCAGAGCAACGUGAACAGGAGCGGCAGUUGGCGGAGGAGCGGCGGAGGGAGCAGGAGCGCAGGAAGGAGCAAGAGCGCCUCCAGGCUGAAAGGGAGAUGCAGGAGAGGGAGAAGACCCUGCAGCUACAGAAGGAGCGACAACAGAGGGAACUGGAAGAGAAGAAAAAGGAGGAGCAGCAGCGUCUCGCUGAGCAGCGUCUGCAGGAGGAGCAAGAGAAGAAAGCUAAGGAGGUGGCAGGUGACAGCAAAACCCUAAACACAACCAUGGAUGUGCAGUCUCCUGUUUGUAACUCAUAUCAAAUGACUCCACAAGGACCCAGGUCCCACCCCAAGAUCAACCCAGAUAACUAUGGAAUGGACCUGAACAGUGAUGACUCCACAGAUGAUGAGGCCCAUCCUAGGAAGCCCAUUCCCUCCUGGGCCAGAGGUUCCCAGCUCAGCCAGGCCAUUGUCCACCAGUACUACCACCCCCCGAACCUUCCUGAGCUUUUUGGCUCCAUUCUUCCACUGGACUUAGAGGACAUUUUCAAGAAAAGCAAGCCUCGCUACCACAAGCGCACCAGCUCUGCUGUCUGGAACUCACCACCAUUGAAGGGCACCAGGGUCCCCAGCAGCCUGGCCUACAGUCUGAAGAAGCCCUGAAGCGGGUGCUCAGCCGCUUGACAGUCUCAGGACCUUGUCUGUCUAUCUUUCUGUCUGUCUGUCUCUGUGUUGGGCUGGCAUCCUACUGCAUGAACCUCCAUUGCUGAGGGCUUGGUCAGGUUCUCUGUUCUUGUGUGCCAGGGGUUUCUGUUGAGGUAGAAGGCAGCCCCAGGUCUGUUUAGAGAAUGGGCUUUAGAGGGAGGGGUGGUUGGAGAAGGACCACUCUCAACUCAGUUGGCCAAUAGACAGCACUCUGUAAAUAGAUUGUUAUAAUUCAGCUGAAUUUUAGUUUCCAGAAUUUGAGAGCUAGUUUAAUAAAGUAUAUUCCUUGAAGCCUGAUGUGGAUAUUGUGAAGAUUAGGGCCUUCAGCAGAAUGUCCUUGCUCUUGGGCCUGUACCUGUACAUCUUGGGACCUCUGGAUGCAUCAUCUCAAGGUUGCUUGGUGGAGGGUUGCACCCAUAGAUGGCUGAUGCAGCGUGUGAUUAUGAUGCUAAACAGUGUGUCAACAGAUGGGGCAUGUGCACACACUUCCUAUGUUUUGACAUGCUCCUUGUUUGUUUAGGUAGCUUAUUCCCUGGGAGAGACCUGGCUCUUGACAGCUCUGCCACUUACUUCCUCAUCCUUCCUCCUCAGGCUGUACCAUUCCUGUCCUGUCAGCAGGGGCCUUGAGAAAGCCCAUGGGCUGCUGCACUGUUAAGAGCUGACUAGAAAAGAGAUACUCCUUGAAAUGGACCCUGGGAUUAGGACUUGCAGCAGUGAGAGAGUUCCCCACAAAACCUGGCAGCCACUUAGUAAAUGCUUAGCCCCAGUGAAGUCCCUGGCCCUGCCUGCUAGCUGCUGCUUCUCGAGCUCCUAGAAUUGGAGCCAGCCAACUAUGUCCAGUGGGCCAAAUCAAUCCAUAGCCAUUACUUUAGUGUUCUUGGACUACACUAAUAGAAAGGCUCAUUUGUGCCCAUUAUCCUCAGCUCUGCUGCUCUGAGGAAAACUAAACCAUGCACCAGAGUCCUUGUGGCCUGAGAAGCUGAAUAGUUGUAAACAGGUACAGGAAAUGUUUUCCAUAUCUUGCUUUAGGACAACAUAAGGCUAAUUACAAAUAAAGCAGCUUUAAAAAUUGAGGCAGUAGUGAACACAAUCAACUGAAGUCUAGAAGACUCUGCCUUGCAGAAUUUAUUUACAGUUAUUUCACAAUGGUGCAUAACCCAGUUGUUCCUUAUGUUCUGACUGGCAGCUAUGAGAGUAAGUUGGAAAGCAGGUUGCUAACUUAAAACCAUGAUAUCAAACUAACUUCUUGUAAUCAUAUUCAUAUAGUGUGCCUAAGAAAAAAGUUCAGCAGAAAUGCAGUUCUUGUUGCUCUGAGUCUUCACCAGUGUUUGGUAUUGUCACUAUACCUCAUUCUAGCCAUUCUAAAGGUAUACAGUGAUAGUUCAUCAUGGUUUUAAUUUGUAUUUUCCUAAUGGCUGUUGGUGAAUAUCAUGUUCUUAUUUGCCACCAUUAUGUCUUUUUUGUGGAGUCUGUCCAAGUCUUUUGUUGAUUUUUAAGUUGGUGUAUUUCUUACUGUGGCUUUUGAGAAUCCUUAUAUAUUAUGAAUACAAGUCUGUCAGAAGUGUACUUUGUGGCUUGUCUUUUCAUUUAUCUAACACUGCCUUUAACUGAAAGAGCAGAAGUUUUAAUUCAGUAAAGUCCAUUCGUUAUUAAGGA